AGUUUUCACUUUAUCACUAGUUUUCCAGUUUUCGUGUUUUCACAAGAAUCAAGAAGAACAGCUGUUCAUUUCAUGUUGAUAAUCUUUUGAGGAUUAUCAGAGAUUUUUUUAUAAUUAAAAACUAAAUGUGAACAUGUCAUCAAUGGCAUCACCAUCAAAACCUGUGAACGUUCAAGAAUUUACCAUAAGGGUACCCAAGACAGUCCAGAAGAGAUACCAUGUAAUGCGAUUCAAUGGUACCUUAGAUGUAGACUUUGCAAAAUGGACAAAAGUUAGUAUGGAACGGGAAAACAACAUGAGGGAAUACAAGGGUUUUGAUGAAGAUCAACCAAAAUUUGGUGCUGGUUCUGAGUUUGGAAGGGAAGCAAAGGAAGAAGCUCGGCGUAAAAAAUUGGGCAUUAUAGCAAAAAAAUACAAUGCAGACAAUCAACCUUGGAUACUGAAAUCACUUGGAAGUACAGUGAAAAAAUUCAAAGGUAUCAGAGAAGGAGGUGUUUCAAACAACACUGCAUAUUAUGUUUUCACACAUGCUGAAGAUGGGGCUAUUGAGGCAUUUCCAUUACAUGAAUGGUACAAAUUCCAGCCUAUUCAAAGAUAUAAAGCAUUAUCUGCUGAAGAGGCUGAACUAGAGUUCAACAAACGCAAUAAACAAACAAAUUAUUUCUCUUUGAUGUUGAGGAAGAGGCUCAAAGGAGAGGAAGACACUGAGGUAGAAGAAGGAGAGGAAAAAACCAAGAAGAAAAAGAAAGAGAAAGAGUUGAAAAUUUCUGAUAUGGAUGAGUGGAUGGAAAGUUCUGAUGGGGAUGAUUCUGAAGAUGAAGAGAAAGAAAAAGAGGAAAGUGAUUCAGACAAGAAGAAAGUGAAAAAAGUUGAACCAAAAAAAGAUAAAAAGAAGAGGGACACUGAUGGGGAGGCCUUUGAGGAUUCUGAUGAUGGAGAUGGGGAAGGCAGAGAACUGGAUUACAUUAGUGAUAGUAGUGAUAGUGAGCCUGAGAAUGUAAACCUAGAUGGAGUAGCAGAAGAAAAGGCAUUGAGAAAAUUGUUGAACUCUGAUGAAGAGACAGAUGAAGAAGAUAAAUCUGACAAGGAACAAAGUAAUGAAGAUGAAGAAAAAGAAAAGGAGGAGGAGAACAAUGAAGAGGGUGAAGAAAAAAAUAAGAAGAAAAAGAAGAAAAAACCCAAGAAAGAUGCUAAGAAAGAGGCAAAGAAAGAAAACAAAGAAGAAGAUAAUGAUUUCAGCUCUGACAGCAGUUCUGAUGAAGAAUUGAAGAAAAAGAAAGAAAAAGAAAAGAAGGAGGAAAAAACUCCUGGUAGUGCUAAUAGUUCAAGAUCAGCAACUCCUACUACAGAUGGAAAGAGAAAAUUGACCAAUGAUGCUCUGGCAGGACCAAGUCCCAAAAAAUCCAAAAUGGAACUUCCCUCCUUCAGUACCAUGGGAUCUAAUGAAUCUGGUAUAACAGAAGAUGCUGUUAGGAAAUAUUUGAUGAGGAAACCAAUGACCACCACUGAACUACUUCAAAAGUUUAAGUCCAAGAAAACUGGACUAUCCAGUGAACAGCUAGUUAACAUUAUGACUCAAAUCCUGAAGAAAAUAAAUCCUGUCAAACAAACAUUGAAAGGAAAAAUGUAUUUGUCCAUCAAGUCAUAGAUAAUUUAUACUGGUUUAUCUGAUAAUUAUAAUAAUAAGGAAUAUACUUUCUACAACAUCCAUUUUCUUGUUUCACAUCUUUAAGGCAAAAUAAUAUAUUUUCAGGGAAUAAUGUAUUUAUUAUUACAAUUUUUCCAAAAUCUAUGGAAACUACAAACAACGGAUUUUUCUGAAAUUUUGUACAGUCAUACAGGGUGUUUCAUAAUAUAUGCGCAGAAAUUCAGGAUGUGAUAGCUCCAUUGUCCUAAAAUAUGAAAAACAGUUUAUAUUAACUUGCCCACUAAAACGCACAAUUUUCUAGAUUCAGGGUUUUGGAAUUUGGAAAAAAAAACGUUAAUUUUUUGUGA